AUGGCCUCCAACUUUGUGCCUGAUGCCUGGGCUUGGAUCACCAGCCUGCCCCCAUUCACCCAUUGGCGCACCAGCGCCAUGUCCCUUUGCAUUUGCACCACACCAUCAUCAUCAGCGUCAUCACAGCCAUCAAUGAACCUCUCGAUUGUGAAAAACCCUUCCAUCCCCCAGCCUUCUUAUGUUACCUUCUCCAUCUUUGCAAACUACAGUGUGUCAGUUUCCCUGUGGACGUCAAAACCAGUCCAUCUGAAGACAAAGACACAGCAAACUCUAGAUGAACAAGAUAUGAUACAGGUCUUCGUUGACAUUGUCAACUCAGUGAUGAGGUAUUGUCCAGACAAAAAAUUGUCAUUUCGGUUCCCUGGGGCACAGCCUCAUGCCAACUUCAAGGACGUGUUCAACAUAGUUUUCUUGUCCCUGGCCUUCCUGGUGUGCAUCUACGAGUCUCCUCGUGAUCUCCGUCCUGGAUGCUUGGAUUCACUGAGAAUCCAGCUUACUGGUUCAAAGUGCAGAGAUGCCGCAAAGAACCUUGUAAAGAUGCUUGGGGCAAACCUUGAGGACCAGUGGAUGCAGACAAUGAAUCUCGCAGUAACUAACUGGAUCGUUGAGCUGAGAUCCGCAAACCAGUCAUCUGGGGUAUCAUCGCCGCUGUUCUCAUAUGCCCUCUCAGCAAGCGGGCUCUGGAAGGUGCAGCUGUACUGCCCAGUCAUAGCCAUGGGCAUGGAGGAACCUGCAGAAGCAACACAGGAUGAGCGCCUUCUCUUCUCACUCAUUUAUCAGCAGGUUGAAUGUGUGAUUCAGCUAGCUUAUAGAACAGUAAGAAGGGAUAACUGGAUUGAUGUCGAGGUGAAGGUAGACAACAUAAGGUGUGAUGUGGACUCUUUGGUCUCUGAGACCCUCAUGGCAGAACGUGGAUAUGGCUCUGAAGAGAAGCACUUCCCAUCUCGUGUCAUGCUGCAAAUCACACCUAUGCAACAAUCUGAUGUACUGUCUGUUUCUGUCGGCAAGUCCAACGACAACCUCACACAUGAAUUUGGUUUUGAGAAGGGCUUUGAGGGUUCCUUUGAUCCCCCAAACUCAUUUGGUCUGAAGGCAUCAGUCACUGAAAGCCUUACACUGGCCAUGAAGCCCUGGAAAUUUGAGCAGUCUGUGCAUGGCAACACUGCAACCUUGAACUGGUUUCUUCAUGAUGGUGUCAAUGGAAGGGAGGUUUAUUCCUCAAAACCUUCAAAGCUUUCUCUGCUUCAACCAAGGGCCUGGUUCCGUGACAGGUACUCAAAUGCAUACCGCCCGUUCACAAAGCAGGGGGGUGUCAUUUUUGCACGUGAUGAGUAUGGAGAUAGUGUCUGGUGGAAGAUCUGUGGUGCAACACUAGGAAAGACUAUGAACUGGGAAAUCCGAGGCUGGAUUUGGCUAACAUACUGGCCUAACAAACAAAGGACCUUCCAUAGCGAAACAAGGUGGCUUGAAUUUAGAGAAUGCCUGCAGCUUCCCCUUACAAAGUUUCCAUAA